CAGUAUUCAUAGGUUGAUUCGUGGAGAAAACAUGGAACUUGGACGAGAUUCUGAUACUGGUGGUCAGGUGAAAUACGUCGUAGAACUUGCCAAGGCACUCUCUAACAUGAAUGGGGUGAAUCGCGUUGAUCUUCUGACUCGGCAAAUAACUUGUCCAGAGGUUGACUCUAGCUAUGGUGAGCCAACAGAGAUGUUGUCCUUCCCAUCUCAUGAUGGUUUUGGAAAUUGUGGUGCCUAUAUAAUCCGAAUCCCCUGUGGGCCACGCGAUAAAUACAUACCAAAAGAAUCGCUCUGGCCAUAUAUACCAGAGUUCACAGAUGGGGCUUUGGGUCACAUAGUCAAUAUGUCAAGAGCUUUAGCAGCAGAACAAGGAAAUGAAGGGAAACCUGUGUGGCCUUAUGUUAUCCAUGGACAUUACGCUGAUGCAGGAGAGGUAGCAGCACGCAUAUCAGGAACCUUAAAUGUACCUAUGGUAUUUACAGGUCACUCACUGGGCAGAAACAAGUUUGAGCAAUUGCUUAAACAGGGGAUGCUCACAGAGGAUAUAAAUGCCACAUAUAAAAUUAUAAGAAGGAUUGAAGCUGAGGAGUUGGCACUGGAUUCUGCAGAAAUGGUGGUCACCAGCACAAGGCAGGAGAUUGAAGAGCAAUGGGGUUUGUAUGAUGGUUUUGACGUACAAUUGGAGAGGAAGCUUAGGAUUAGGAGACAGAGGGGAGUUAGUUGCCUUGGGCGAUACAUGCCUAGGAUGGUGGU